GAAGUCUGUCUGCCGCCUCGACCAGAAUAUCCCUUCGGAGCCAUAAAGAACUAUACUUGUCAUGUAAUAUUUGAUUGUAUGUUAUGAAAAGGACAAAGGGGAAACAGCUGAACGCACCCAAUACGAUAUCCUCUAAAGCAGCAUUCAGUUUAGUUCAGUAUUUUUUUAGGAAACUGACAGGCACUAUUUUGUAUGGCGGAUUGGUACUUGUUUACAGGACGUCACAGUGCGGCAUAAAAAACGCAAACCAACCAGCAGGGGAGAGAAGCAGCAAGUUGAUUGCAAAUUGCAAGCAAAUACAAUUUAAACAAGAAAUACACAACCGAUCUAUUUCCUUCAGCAGAAUCACCAACGGGUCCUGUAGCCUUUGCAUUUUGACGUCGAAAUGCAUGGAACUUUGCUGUCUUGCGCUUCAAAGGUGUGGCCACUAUAGUGUGAAGCAGCUGCCCUACCUACAGUUAAAAUGUCCAGCACAAGAGAAGCGCCCCUAAGUUGUGCAGGUAGUAAGGCAUUGAGAGAAGAAGCUCUGUCCAGACAAGCUGCUUGGAGGCCAUCCCGUCUGAUACAUCUCUAAAGAACGGUGCAUCUGGCUUUCGAACAGAGAAUGAGAGGCCCCCCAUUUCCUGGAAGACACUGUUUCUCCUGCCAUUUAUCCCAGAGCAUCGCUGCGUGCAGAAGAUGUGAGGCUGCAGCAGAGCGAAUUCAGGAUUAAAAUAUAUAAAAAGAAACAUUUUCAUUUUAUUAAAGAAGGCGGGUUAUAAAGUUACGCCGAACCAACACUCGUUCAGAGAAUCUCGGGUCCCAAUUUUAUAUUUUUAUUUUAUUUUUAUUUAUUUAUUUAUUUUUAAAAUUCUAUUUAAAAACAAAUAACAUUGUAACGAGUACAGCUCAGCAUGGGGGACCAGCCUCUGUACAAGCCUAGUGACUCGGGGAAUGGCACGGACGGGGCCUAUUUCCAGCAGCAUCCAAACCCCUUGGCCACUAUGAGUGGAGGCUUGAACCACAACUACGGGUCAUCCAGCUUAGAGCCCCUCCAGUCUUCCCCAUUGUCCCCCCAUCCAUCAGACCACCACCAUCAGAGCAGCCUGGGCAACUCCAAUCUCAUGUGGGGCUCGCCCAGCCCCGAGGAGGCUACAGACCAAGGCAGUGCCAGAAACUACCAGUACAGUGGUACAGCCCAGACAGCUGCAGAUGGGCAGCCUAAAGUCACAAGCAGUGUGUUGCAGAAGCUAGAUUCCUUCACCCAGGUCUUUGCAAACCAGAACCUGCGGAUCCACCAAGGCAGCGCUGAUGGAAAUGGGCAGAGCCUGGCGGAACAGGGGCAAUCGUCUGCCUCUUCCUCUUUGGCUGACGUCACUGCAGACAGCGCCCUACGGCAGCUUCUUUCCCAGAAACCCCACCUGCAAGAGCAGACACAGGAGAUACCUGUGCAGCAGCAGCAAAGGUACCAGCUGGAGCAACAGCAGAUGCAGAGGUCCUUUGACGCCACACACCCCAAGUCGCAGCAGGUAACAGACGUACAACAGCAGCAGCUCUAUUAUGAGUACCAGCAGCAACAGCACCGGGUGGCACAAAUGCAGCACUUGCAGGCAUUCCAACAACGGCAACAGAUGCAAAGCCUGCAGUCCCAGCAGCAAAUGCUACAGCAUCAGCAAGCACAGUACUAUCUGCAGCAACAGCAGAAACCCCAGCAACAGUCUGCACAUGUACUCCUGCAGCAAUUGCAGCAGCAACGGAGCACUUAUUACCACAAGCAAGCACAUGCAGCACAAGCAGCCAUGCAUCAGUUGCAACAACAGCAAAUGCAACCGCUCUCUCCCCCACAACCCUACCACCAGAACCGGAAAAUUGUACAGCAGCAUCCCCAGUACGCACCCCAGGAGCAAGCCCAUCCUGUCCAACACAUCCAGCUGUCCUCGGGGGCAGCCCCCUAUUACUAUCAGGAGCAGCAGCAGUCAGCAUCAACCCAGCAGCAGUAUCAUCUACAGGUCUACCAGCAGAAUGUCCAUUUGCAGCAGCAGGUACAGGUGGAGGAAGAACGUGCCCUCCAUUCUCCACCCAAGCAGUAUCUCCUGGAGCCCAGCUGCCAGCUUCAGAACCCAGGGGACCCUGCUGCCACUGCUGUCUCUGGGCUCCCAGAGGGGAGAAACGAUGGCCUGGCCUGCAGUGAGGUUCUACCACACAUGGGUGUCCCCAGCCCCCCACACCAGACGGUGCCGAGGUGUCUCAGAGAGGCACUGCCCACCAUGCAGCUGGCGAGCGGCAAAGGAGGGGCACAGACACAGCAGUCGCCCAGUACACUGUGGCCACAGGCGUCAUUAACAUCAGAAAGACGGCGAGAUCCCACCUCUCCUGACCACAGUUCCCUCAAUAACACAGGCUUCCAAGAGAGAGUGGAGGUGAAGAACAAGCUGAUGUGCUCCAUGUGUCAGAAGGAGUUCAAGAGUCUACCCGCCCUCAACGGCCACAUGAGGUCACAUGGGGGCACGAGGACCGCACCCAGCCCCAAGCAGGAUGAAGGGGACAAGCAGCUGCCCAUAGAGGUGGACCCCCUCCUGCACAUCGUCAUGCCUGUCUCUGUACCCGUAACGCUUCCCCCUGCCGUGCGGCCCGCUGCUGACCUCUCGCCCGUUUCCUGCUGCCCCCCCGACAGAGACGUGCCUGUGCUGGUGAGGAUGGCUGAGUCUCCACCACUGCCGUCACUGCCAGCUUCCCAGCAGCCUCUGCAGCAGCCGCCACACUCCCUCGCAGUGGCCUACCCUGCCUCCUCAAAGUUUGUCCGCAAGCCGCUGAAGAAUGAGAAGGCAGAAGGCGUCAGUGCGGGGCGUUGCCAUCCAGACAAGAAGAAGUACCGGCACCGUCUGGACCCGCUCAUCAUCCCCCCACCCUCCCUCGGCUUGUCUCUGGGGGGCGCCAUCCUGUUCCAGAGCCAACUGCGCUCCCCACGGAUCCAGGGCGAGAUUCCCCCCUACACACCCCCGCCCAUGCUGAGCCCCACUCGGCACGCCCCUGGCCUCUUCAGCAGCGUCCUCCACACCGGCAUGCCCCCCAUAAUACCCAUCACCCCCCGGGUGCUGCUGGGCAGAACCAGUAGCUCUGAUGGAAGCAGCAUCCCAGUGACACCCCGGCCAGGAGAGCAGGCUGUCGACAUUGAACCGCAUAUCAACGUUGGCCCCGGGUUCCAGGCACAGAUUCCUGAGCUCCACAGCCAUUCAGCAGUGGAGCGGGAUCAACACAAGGCCAGUAUGGUGUGGACACCAGGAGCAGAGCUGCAGAGCCCCAGGGCUCAGCAGAGAGUGGAAGACUUGGUCAAUAUGGCCUGCUCCAGUGUCCUUCCAGGGGGAGGGACUAAUGCUGAAUACGCCUUGCACUGCCUUUUCGAGACCAGAGGAGAUUUCAUGGCUACUGUGGAAAAGCUGCUGCUGUUGAAGCCCAUGAGACCAAAAUCUCACCCUUUGGCUGAUUACCACUAUGCUGGAUCUGAUAAAUGGACACCUUUGGAGAAGAAACAGUUCAACAAAGCCUUAACCACACACAACAAAGACUUCUUCCUUGUACAGAAAACAGUGAAGACUAAGACAGUAGCUCAGUGUGUGGAGUACUAUUAUACAUGGAAGAAGAAGCUCCGUCUGGGGAAAAGACACCAGACCCGCCAGGUAGACAUCAAGGAUGAAGACAUGCAGAGUGGCGAGGGUGAGGAUGUGGAGUUGGAUGAGCUGGAAGAGGACAGGAAGUCUGGCGAGGAGGAGGAGCCUGAGGCACCCAAGUCUCUAGACCUGCUGGGUAAAACCUCCCUAGAGCCAAAAGCCUACCAUGCCUCAGUACAGCUCAACACCUGCUUUGUGUGUGAAAUGCCCAACUGUGGAGCUGCUUUCAGCUCCAUGCAGGCUCUGAAUGGCCACGUCCGUAUCCAUGGUGGCACAAACCCGGUGGCAAAGCCGUCUCCGAGAGGCAAACCCAAAGCCACGUCCCAGUCUGGGUACGGCUCUGUGAAGAGCUCCCCGGCUCACAGCACCACCAGCGGAGAGACCGACCCCACCCUGAUCUUCCCCUGUAAGGAGUGUGGAAAGGUGUUUUUCAAGAUCAAGAGCCGCAACGCCCACAUGAAGACACAUCGGCAGCAAGAGGAGCAGGAGCGCAAGAAGCAGCAGCAGUGCUCCCAGGACGUGACCGGGCCCAUCAUGCUGCCCCUGGACCACAUGGGUCUGAUCAAACAGCAUGGGCCCCAGAGCGAGGCGCUGCACACACACCUCCUGCUAACCGACGACUUGGAAGAUUUCCUGCAAGACUGCAAAGAGGGUCUGUAACGGGGGUGGGGAGAGAACAGGAGCCAAGAGGAUGAGCGGAGGGCGCUCCCAGUUACCGAUCACUGAGGAGAGCAGCGCUGGGGAGCUACAGUGGAUCCUGUUUGGGAAUGGUGGGAAUCUUUGUGCAGGACAAUGCUGAUGGAUUGAAGACAUGAGAUAGGGAGGGAUGGAUCAAGUUGUCCUGAAGUGGUGCUUGGCUAAAGCUUGAUUUUGAGGAAUGUAUAGAAACCGCUUGGGUCUCUAGUUUUCUAUACCAAUGUGAAGGAAUAGGGGCUUCCAAGCUUAGAAACAGAUAUCUUCAGUUGCUGUGUGAGAGAGCAAGAGAUUUCCUGAGCACACAACAAAGAUGAAAGGUUCAGUGAAUCAUUGCACUGCUGUAGAAGAGAGGGGAGAGCUUUUCUUAGGUUCUGGUUAUUCUCAUAAUGUGUGUGUGUGUGUGUGUGUUAGAAAGAGAGAGAGGAAGAAUGCAAAUUCAUAUGAGUUCAGAACACAACUCCGUUUAAAUGUUGUUCUAUUAAGAGAGAAAGAGAACGAGUGGUGUUAGAGCUUGAGUCUGAUUCAGGGGGGGUGAUUUAAACUCCAUUUAAAUCCUCAGGUCAUCCUCUUCACAAGUGAAGCACAGGCACUAGAAAGUGUUAAAUGUGAAACUGCUGGUUAGUUCCCAUACGAGCGACAGUCUUUCUGCACUAGCCCUGGUUUACUCUCCAGUUUAGAUUCCGAACAAACCAACGAACACUGGAAUCCUGAAUAGCACAGAAUGAAGUGGUGUUCGGGGUUUGUUCAGUUCUGUUUGUGUCAGUCAGGACGCACUCCCUUGCUUUCCAAAUAAUAUCAUUUAAAAAAAUGUCAGGUCCUAUCUGUUGCACACCUUGUGUGCAAAUGAACCUACAUGUGUGUUGAAGAGCUGGAACUUGAUGAUUCUAGAUCUCCGUUGAUGGGUAUCAGUAU